AUGGCGUGCACCGUCCGGAUCCAUGUGCAGGCGCCGGCCUUUCUCUACCUCGUUCUGCGACAAAUCGCAUACCUCGACAAGCAAUCCGUCAAGCAUUUUCCCCUGGGCCACCCGCCUCGGUUCGCUUUUGCUUUUGAUAUCGACGGAGUCCUCCUUCACGUAGCCAAGCCGAUUCCCGGGGCUAGCGAAACACUUCAGUUCCUGCAUGAUAACAAUAUCCCCUUCAUCCUUCUUACCAAUGGGGGCGGCAAGCAUGAGUCCGAACGAGUCGCCGACCUGAGCCUGAAGCUCGGCGUCCCGUUGACGAUGGCCAAUUUUGUACAGUCCCAUACUCCGUUCCAGGAGCUCGCUGCGGAGGGCAAGACGCUCCGUGACGGCACGAUACUCGUCACAGGCGCCGUCCCGUCCAAGUGCCGGGAGAUUGCAGAAACGUAA